AUGCCUCCUAUUCGAUCAGCCCGUAAUCGAAAGCCGCCACCGGAAGGUUUCGAAGAUAUUGAAGAUACGCUACUUGAGUUCAGCAACAAGAUGAAAGACGCCGAAAACGCCCCACACGAUGGAAAGAAGAGACAUGAAAUGCUAUGGCCAAUAUUUCAAAUCCGGCAUCAACGCACGCGAUAUAUCUGGGACUUGUACACCAAAGACUCUAUUUCCAAGCAACUCUAUGAUUAUCUACUUAAGAAUGGCUACGCAGAUGCGAUGUUGAUUGCAAAGUGGAAGAAAACUGGCUAUGAGAAGUUAUGUUGCCUGCCAUGCAUCCAGACAAAGGAGACGAAUUUCAACGCAACCUGUAUCUGCCGCGUCCCUAAAGCUCGAUUGACCGAAGGCCAGACUGUGCAGUGUGUAAAUUGCGGAUGCAGGGGCUGUGCUUCCAGUGACUGA